ACAGCCUUGAGUCCGGUCAAAGUUUGAGUUAUUUGUUUUUUGUUGAAGUCGUAAUUUUCCCGAUUAUUUCCCAUUUUUCCGAAUUCCUUCGAAAAGAUGUCAGGAAACCCUCCAACGCCAAAGAUGCCGCUGUCCACCUCCAACGUGGCCAACGUUCCGCGGGCCGCCGCUCCCAUCCAUCCAGAUGCGGACACAUCGUUCCUGGAAAUGGUUCUGGACGCCCACGAAGCGACCCCCGCCCGGGGCAUCCGGGUCGACCAGAUCAGGGCGUUCCUCCGGAUGCGGUACCAGGUGCCGGAAGCGGUCAUCGAGCAGAUUUUACUUCCCACGAUCGAGUUCGCGGUCGAAGCUGAGAUGCUGCUCAAAGUGGGCGGCCGCAAGUCGUUACCCCAGAGCUGGACAACCCGGCCCAAUCCGAGCUUCGUUCUGAAAUUGCUGCGUCGCGUGCGGCUGGAGGCUAGGGCCGUGCUGGCGGCGGCGGCGGCGGCAGCUGAAGGGACAACAGGAGGGCUGAAGCGGACAGCUGGCGGCGAGCAGCAGACGUCCACGGGAGGUUCGGGAGGGAAAAAGGCUAGGAUUUAAUCGGAUGGGGCGGAUGAUUCAAUUUGGGCGAGCGACCUCAGAAGCUUCCAGGGUAGGAAGCGUUCCUUUCGAAGGUUUACGCUGAAGAAAACUAUAUUAUUAGUUGUUACAAGUUCAUUGUUAUUGACCCUCUAACUUAACAUUAUUGCAAGGUUCCAAUAACCUAUUUUGUUGUCUUUGAUUAUAAAACAUAAUUUAUAUCUGCGAUAGUAAAUUAUUCAAGAAGUUAUUUGAAAUUAAAAAAUAUAUCAAAUAAAUAAACAAGUUUUCAAAAAUAAA